UCGGAAGUAGAGGACCAUUUUCUUUAGCUAGAAGUACUUUGAACCACGGCUUAAAUAUAUGGUCGUUUUUUUUUUUGGAACUUAAGUAAUCAUUUUGAUUGCUACAGUCAUAGUUGUGGACUUCGUUUCUAGUCGAGUGUAUCUUUCCUCCGAAUUUGGAAUUAUGAGUUUUCUAACGUGUGGAAAUGUCUAAUGACAUAUAAUUCUUGCGUUAAAGACGUUAUUUUAUUGUACUAUCUUUAUUUUUCUUUUUUGUUGAUAAAUAUUCAUUUCGCCGAAUUAAUUUAUGUUUUUGUCGUAUCGGCACCUUUAACACGCUGUCGAGAUGAAAACUUGGACUAAAAGGUCUUUUUUUGCGUCCGUCACUUGUGCGGUUGGUGGUGCCUAUUGGCUGUACGAAAAACGGCGGAUAUCAUUGGACAACGUAGGUGGCGCUGCCCGCCCCUCUGAAUACGAGCUGAAGCUCGUGCAGGUUUUAUUCAGACACGGAGCCAGGACUCCCCUGAAAUCAUUACCAGGUACACUUCAGGCUGAAUGGAUCGUAGACCUUUUGCAAGUCCCACCCCACACAAAAUUCAAUUAUAUUGUAAAAAAUCUCAUAGGAGAUCCCAGGCCACCAUCGCCUCUGGAGGACCACUACAGAGCUCACAAAUUAAAUGGCGGGGCAUUUCAUGGUCAACUUACAGCCUUAGGGAUGCAGCAGAUGUACAAUUUGGGAGAGCGCCUCAGGGAUGUCUACAUAAAAAAAUCCAACUUUCUUUCCCCUGUCUUCAGGUCUACUGAAGUCUAUGUACGAUCAACAAAUAUAGUCAGAACUAUUGAAUCUGCAGUGUGUUUGCUUGCGGGUUUAUUUCAGCAGCAGCAAGAAGGAAUUGUGACUGUCUUCACAUCUGAAGCAGAGACUGAAGUUUUAUAUCCAAAUUAUAAGAGAUGUGAUCAUCUUAAACAGAUGACAAGACAAAGGAUUGUUCAAGCCUCUUUACUUCCAGAAAUUGCAGAGGAUCUGAAAGAAAUGUAUAAGUUACUGGAGAUUCCAGAACAUGAACAUAUUAGUUUUAUUGAUAUAUGGGAUGAUAUGACUUCUCGAAAGGCCCAUGAUUUAGCCCGCCCUUCCUGUGUGCACUACUUAAUGAAAAUUAUAGAAAAACGAGCAGUUGAAACAGUGUAUUUUGCCUAUGAGCCAAGCAACAGCACCUCUCUUCAACUCUGUGUUGGGCAGCUGCUAAGCUUUUUGAUCAGCAAUAUUGAGAAUAAACUUAAGGACCAAGAUUCUUUAGAAAAUUUAAGAAAGUUUCACUUGUAUUCUGUGCAUGACACAACCUUGAUGCCGUUCCUAAUGGCUCUGGACAUCUUUGACAUGAAGUGGCCUCCAUAUGGUGCUGAUGUCAUCUUGGAAUUAUACGAACACCGCUCUUCAAAAGAGGCGUUUGUCAAAGUAUCUUACUUGGGUAAGGAUCAACUUGUAAGAGGCUGCAGUGAUAUUUAUUGUCCACUGAGAGACUUCAAAAAAGCACUUUCAUCUUACGUGAUUGAUGAGGUGAACUAUGAAGAGAAAUGUAACCAGCCUGUAAACGCUGCAAACUAAUUUAAAUGGUCAGUUUUUAAAUACUUUUCAUAUUGUAUGUUUAUCUUACUGUGAACAAAAUACCAGUUGUUUACGUAUUUAAUGCAGAUACAUUUUUUCCUUGAAUUAAAGUUUCACCUCCACUUCUAUGAAUUUGUUUCAUUUGGCAGGAGACAUUUCAGAAGAUUUUUUGUGAAAGUUCAUCUUUU